AUGUCUCUUCUCCGCUUCGCUGGCCCGCGGCUUGGAAGGGCCAGUGUAGCCCUUGCACGGUCGAUUCAGAGCUCUCAUAUCCCCCGCGCAUCUCAAUCACCCUUUACCGAACCUACAUCUCCCAACCCAACAGUCGAAAAAUAUGCGGCAACCACCAGUGCCCUUCACACUUAUGGCGCAUACUUGACCCAGUGCCUACCCAAGUUCAUACAGCAGUUUUCCGUCAGCAAAGACGAACUCACUCUCUAUGCUGCUCCUGCUACCAUCGUGCCCUUGAUGACUUUCUUGCGCGACCAUUCCCAAUGCCAGUUCAAGUACCUCAUGCAGGUGACGGCAGUCGACUUUCCAGAGCGCGACAAGCGUUUCGAAGUCGUAUACCAUCUUCUGAGCACCUCCUCACAAGGCCGACUCCGUGUGAAGACCUAUGCUGGCGAAGGAGAUCACGUUCCAAGUGUUGCCGGUGUCUUCCGCAGUGCUGACUGGUAUGAGCGCGAAGUUUGGGACAUGUACGGCGUUUUCUUCAGCGGUCAUCCAGAUUUACGACGCAUUCUGACCGAUUAUGGCUUUGAAGGUCACCCAUUGCGCAAGGAUUUCCCUUUGACGGGCUACACUGAAUUGCGUUAUGACGAAGAGCGCAAACGGGUUGUUUACGAGCCUCUGCAACUCACGCAAGCUUUCCGUAACUUUGAAUCUCUCUCUCCUUGGGAACAAGUUGGCCAAGGGACGAUUGCACCACGGCCCGCUGAGCUAAAACCCUUGCCACCACCACCAGCUGAAGAGAAGAAAUAG